UCGACAACUAGAGCAGCACAAGAGGAGCACAGUCAGUUACAGAGAUGGCCGGAUGUGGCUGGAUUAACGUCUGGGAAUAUGUUAAAGCUGUUUGCUAUUCCAGUUUGUGGUAACAGAUAACAGGUAGUCACACUUCAACUGCAACUGAACGCCUCAAAGUCCUGUCAUGAAUUUUUCAGUGUGACGUUUUCUUCUGCUGCACAUCUUAAAGGACGACAACCCACAUCUCAGGACGGGACAGCGUCAACAUGCUGGAGAGUGUCUUUGCUCAGGGGGGGCAAAGUCAGGGGAUGGUGGAUGGAUGGAAACUGGCGGACAGCAGGAGGAUGUGUAGUCGGUCGCGGCGUCACAUUUUCAUCUUCAUCCUGGUGCUGGCUGCAGUUUUGUUUCUCUACACAAACAGAGAGGAGAUGGAGCCGGACUGGAACCCCAGCCAGUGGUGGAAUCCAUUCAAAAGUCAGCAACAACACGUCUUCUCUGCCAACACGACUGGUUCCAGCAACAUAACAGGUGGAUCUGGACCAACUGAGACCAGCUCGAGUGCAUUCCCUCAAACUGGGAAUAUGUCAUUGUCUCAGGUGACAGAUGUGAUGACAACGACUCCACAGCCAAGCACAACGACCACCACUUCACAGCCCAACACAUCGACCACGACUCCACAGCCUACAAAAGCUUCUGUGGUGACUCAGCUGACGACACCAAAUGAGACCGAGCCACCAACACCGGUUCCUUAUGUAUCUCCAGGCCCGUACGUCGUGGAAUACCCGUAUGAGUACCACUUCAUUAUAAACGAGCCCAAGAAAUGCGAGCAGCAGAAGCCUUUCCUGGUUCUGAUGGUUCCUCUGGCGCCCAGCAACAGGGCUCAUCGCGACAUCAUCCGCAGCACCUGGGGAAGUGAAAGUCUGGUACUGGGCAAAAUGGUGCAGCUGUUCUUCAUGCUGGGGCUGCACAGCGGUGAGGGAGCGCCGCAGCUCCACGAGCAGCUGCUGCAGGAGAGCAGAGAGCAUCAGGACCUGCUCCAGAGCAACUUCCUGGACUGCUACAAGAACCUGACCAUCAAGACCAUGGUGAUGAUGGAGUGGCUGGACUCGUACUGCUCCAGCGCCUCUUAUGCCAUGAAGAUCGAUUCAGACAUGUUUCUGAACGUGCACAAUCUCGUCAACAUGUUGUUGAACGCUCCAAAGUCAAACUACAUGACGGGACUCGUGGCGAGAGGAGCUAUGGUCCUGAGAAAUCCGAAGUCUAAGUGGUUCCUCCCUGUGGAGCUUUACCCUCAGCCACAGUACCCUCGUUACGCUUUGGGUCUGGGCUACGUUUUGUCUCUUGACCUCCCUAAAAAGCUCGUGGAGGCGUCCAGACACAUUAAAGCUUUCUACAUUGAAGACGUGUAUCUGGGGUUGUGUAUGCAGCACCUGGGCAUCCCUCCCACCGACCCUCCAAACUGGGGGUAUUUUCAGGUGUUUCCUGUGAUGUACAGUCGCUGUGCUUAUUCCAGACUGAUAGCCACAACUGUAAAUGGAAACAGGGACCGCGUGGCUGACUGGAAGGACUUUAAAAAGCCGGGUCCAUACUGCUGAUCUAUAAAUAACAGGGCAGCUAAAGAAGGACUUAGGAGCUGUACACAUGCCGCGUCUUUAACCGCCUGGAGAACACAAGGUCAGGUGAUGGGUACUCUUUUCUGUGCCAACUUUCAAGAGCACAAUAGCAGGUUGCGUCUGAGGUUACUAAGCAACCUCAAAAAGCACCGUAUCGUAGCCUAUUUAUCUGAAAUCCUGAGUGCAGAGCUGAUGUCUGUGGGACAGAUGUGACCAACAUGAUCAACUUCAUAUUCAUCACAGACUGAUAUUUACUCAAGAAGGAAAGAUAUCUGUCAGCUGUGAUUGGUCGGUGCUCGUCAUGUGGUGCAAAAACGCACCACAUGACGAGCAAAGUUGUGCUCAGUUUAUGUCAGGGUGCAGCCGUCACACCCUGAAAAACAGGCACUUGGGAAGGCGUGUGUGCCACGAUGGCAUCGCACUGGCGUUUGAGAGUGCCUUCUGCACAUCUACAUUAAAAACAAUGAAUCUGAGGGCACAAAAAAAGCAUCUGUACGACCCAUUAAAAGGACAGACCAGCCCAAAAUCAAAAUUCUUGUCACCUGUGGUGCUAUUUAUUGGUGAGUGCUGGAGAUACGGGCUGAAGAGAUGUCUGCCCUCUCUUGUGUAUAAUGAGACUAGAUGGCACAAAACACAUAUCUACAACAAAACAAAGCUGUAGACUGAAACACUUUGAGAACAAAAAACAAGACAGAUCAGCAUGACAGAGGCUGCUGCAGCACAUCUGUUGCACAUGCUGAAGUUCGAUUUAAUGUGCAGAUUGCAAUGGUAACGAGUAAUGCGUGUAUAAAUGACAAACUCAAAACAAUUUUAUUCAAGUUGCCUUUGACUUUUUAUUAAUUCAGUGAAUUAUACACAAAAUGACAGCUAUUUGUGUAGUUGGCCUCCACAAUUUCAUCACAAAAAAAAAAAGCCUAAAAACAUCACAACACUUUUUUUUUUUGUUUUUUGAAAACCUGCCGAGAACAAUUCCCCCCCAAAAAAAACCCAAAUUCUGGAGGGGCUGAUUAGCUUAGGUCAGCAGUGCUAGGUGAGCGAGCAGUAGAUGCACGCCUCCUUCUGUGUUGCGGUUGACAAGUGUGGUUUAGUAGAAAAGAAAAUAGUUCCUACGUGAAACUGCUCGACAUGAAAUUUGUGGAGAAGUUGAGGUAAAAUUGUAAGGUCGCUCAGAAUUCAUGGGGAUUGGUUGAAUUUGCAUUAAGUGUCGCAGUCAUGACAACACAACAGCUUGGAGGGUCUGUCUGACGUUACAAGGAGGCUGUUGUGGUUAAUGUCUGGCCCUGUCACGAGCACGAGCCUCUCAUCCAUGAGUAGAUACACACUUCCUUCUGUGCAGUGAUACUGUUGGUGGGUGUAGUUCAGUAGAAAGACAAUAGUUCCUCCAUGAAACUGCUCACAAGCUGAGUGUCAUCUAGUACUGAAGAGAAGGGAGACAUCUUUAUGGCUGAUAUCUCCAACACUCAGCAACUCACACCAAAUCUAUCCAGAGUGAUGAAUAGCACCAGAGGUGAGAGGAGAAAUAUCUAUUUCUGAUUUGGGGUGGACUGUCCUUUUAAUAUACUGAUCAACGAGACUGAAUUUUCUCAGGUUGUUUCCAAAUUUAUUCUAUUUUUCAUGUGGUUUAUGUCCUAAUUUUUGUUAACAACGCGCUGAUCAUACACAGUAACUGUUACAUUGAUGUUUAUACAUAUAAAACAUUCCCUCUCAUGAAUUUGUGAAUCCUUGGGUGGCGAAGGACUGGCCUUACUCUGCCUCUGACUGACUCAUUACAUUCUUAUCCUAACCACUCCGACAAACGAAGGCAGUCAGCCAAUCAGAGGGCAGGUUAUUCCUUCACUAUCCUAGGAUUCACAAAUUUGCUCUGCUCUCAGGUUUCAAAGUGUUAAACACUCAACAACAGGGUUUUCUGUCACACUGAGGUCACCUCGCUGCACUGUAGGUCAAAACUGACUCCAGUCAUCAAGUGCAAUUUAUUACAACCGAGUGCAGCUAAGAAUCUGAGUAUGAAAUACAGUGGCUGAGAUUUUUAAAUCCAGUAUUUUAAAAAAUACUGAAAAUAUGGAGCUGUAGGGGUAAAACAUGCACAGACUGUAUGUUUAACUGUAAUUCUCCUUUUUUCAACAUUUCCUCCAGUCUCGUGAUUUGAGAGUGAAAAUGUGGCACUUUUAGUUUCUCAACCAUAAAUUUGAAGAAGAAAAUGAAAGUUGGCAUUUUGGGCACAACUACAAAUUCAAUCAGAGCAAACUAUGAAAGGUUGAGAAACUCUCAGUCCGUCCUCAUCUGCUGAGCUGGUGAACUUACAUUUAACUAUAUGAAGGAAACAGACAGCUGUUAGCUGAGGGCAGGUCUUCAAGAGAAAGGCUUUGGAUGAUGUUUAAUUAUUAGUACAGCUGUUUAUAUAAUGAGAUAUAAAGAAGUGGUGAAGUAAUCACAGUUAAUAACUGGGCGGAGGCAGCACUUUGCUAAAAUAAAGAAAUUAAAACCUCAGGUGUGUCAGGUGUGUAGCUGUCACCACAAAUAUGUUACAGCCUUUAACAAACACUGUAACAAGAGCCACAGCGACACUGUGCCAAUUAUCCCAGCAGCUCUGUUUAACCUUACAGCUGCUCUUCAGCUGUAGCGACAGAAAACGUCCCUCUUUCUCCUGCAUGAGACGUGUUGAGACCCGUCACAACAUUCAGGGGCGACUCUGCACCGGAGAAAACAUUUUGUCCUGAUGUUAACUGAAAAGUGCCUUAUCUCAGUUUAGUAUUCAAACAUUUCAAUGCUUUCCACUUUAAGGAAGCCUGGGUGAUAAUUUGGGCUGCAGCUGCUACAGAGUUUAAUUUCACCUCCUUCUGAGGAUGCAUGAAGAAGACUGACGAGGUCAAACCUCCAACAACACCUGAACUUUAAAGAACAACUUUGUUGUUUGUGUGUCUUGUGGCCGUGCUGAUACAUGCUAUACUGUCACAUCGACCCAGUCACCAGAAAAAAUACUGGUAUUGUUUCUGCAAACCACAGAUAUAUUUGUAGAUUAUUACUUUAUGUUUCAGCAACGCUGUGGUUUAUGUGUGGUCAAGUUUAGCCAAGAAAAGCACUCGGUUAUGGUUAGGAACAGAUUAUGUUUUAGCUAAGAAUACCUGAUUUUGGGGCACAAUCCCCGCUGGAAACACAGACAUGUCUUGGUAAAAACCAUGCCACUAUCACUGCUGGAGACACAGCAGCACGUCGCUACAAAACAACCAGUAUUGCUGUUUGUUGGUCUCGAACAGUGGCGGGCACAACCCGCUUAAAAUGCAGCAAUGUUUCCAUAAAAAAUAGCUACUUUUUGUGCAACCACCCCACCUGGAAAAACAGCAAUGAAUCACUAAAAAACAACCCGUUUUGCUGUUUGUUGGUCUUGAACAGUGGUUGGCAGACAUCUGCAGCUUUAAGCACAAUCCCCUCUUGAAAUGCAGCAAUGUCUCCAUAACAAACAACCAAUUUUCAUGCAACUAUCCCCACUCUCAAAACAGCGAUCAGUCACUAAACAUAGUUGGUUUUGUUGUUUGUUGUUCUCAAACAGUGGUCUGGAGCUUUAGGUAUGAUACCUGCUGGAAAAGUAGCAGCGUCUCAAUGAAAAACACCCUCUUCUCAUGGCACUGAGGAGGAUGGACAAAAAAAGCUGAAAAAGCUGCUGAAAAUGCAGCAAUGACUCGCUAAGAAACAACUGGUUUUGCUGUUUGUUGGUGUUGAACAGUGACCUGCAGCUUGGCAGGUGUCUCUCGCCGUUCACCAUCUCCUCCACCUCCUGAUGACAGAGUCAGCUCACACACUACGUCACUUUAGAAACAUUUAUAUGAUUCAUGUGAAUCGUGCAAACAUAAUGUGGUUUGCAGAAUCGUACAAUGCCAACAUUUUCUUCAUGCGGCUGGGCUGUUAUUUAUUCUAGUGUCAAACAUUUCAUGUUACUAGUCUGAUUCAUUAAAGACUAGUUCUAAGGGAAAUCAAAUCUUUUGACUGAACGUUUGUGCAGAUAGUUUUGGUCACUGAUAAACACUCAAAAUAAAAUGCACACGACUGCCGUCCUGCCAGGAGUUAUUUACAAUGUCCAGUGAUAAUUAAUUUAUUACUUUUGUUUAUUUGUAAUGUGAAACUUUAUGAUGAGAAUACAAAACACAUAUUUAAAUACUGACUGACUGUGAUGGGCAGUGCUGUAAGGAAUCAUCCAGUGACCCUCCGUCACUCUGACGUUUGCUGGUAAAAUCUGUCUGGUGGGAGUUUACUGGACAAACUGGUCCGGGAGGUGGAGAGUAAAAAAAACAUACCUGAGGGGGGAAGUUGAGGAAU